UCUGUGCCAUGCCUUGGCACUUCAUUUACGGUACUUCCAACAAUCACAUAUGGCAAUGAGUCCCUCACAAGUAGCCCACAGUAGCUGGUUGUUCCUGUCCAUUUCCUAAAUUCCGAAACUUCAGACAAUCAUAGCAUUUCGGGAGAACCAUCCAUACCGCGGCCGGCUACGAUCACCACCAUCCAUACCGCGGUCAGGGAUGAUCGCCACCAUCCAUACUUGCCAGGCUCGUCACCGGGUUCACCAUGCUUCUUCGACUUCGCCCCUCGAGCUCAGCGAUCAUUAUCUCUUUACACCUCCGAGCCGUAAUUCGUUAGCGAAGUUCCGGCAUGCCCUUUUCCCACCGCUUCCACACCCAAGCGCCUCGCAGCAUGCACGGGUUGCGGCGCCGUGAGGACAGCUGGGGUGCAGCUCUGGUAUGCAGUGAAGAGGGCUAUGGGCAGAUCCGUCGCUGAACCAUUUCGCGGUAGAUUCUGGGCCAAGGGGAAUCCAACAUGAUCAUCCACGGUGGCGUUCCGUUCUUGGGAGCAUCCCGAAGGUUCCCUGAGGCUCCGUUCCAAGGCUCCACUCUAAAGGCUCCUUACCGAGGCUCCGUUCCAAGAGGCUCCUCACCGAAGCUCCGUCCCAAGGCUUCAUCCCGAGGCUCCACCCCACGCCCAUACCACGCCCUCGAACACGUUUGCUCGCGUUGCGAAUUGCCAUGGGUUCGUGCGCGGCGUUUCUGCGCGGCCGUCGACUCCCUCCCGUAUGGGCUGUGGCGCAAGUUGAGGCGCCGUGCGGAGCUCUGGCGCAAGUUGAGCCGAGAAUCCAGGCGAUGCCGCGGAUAUGGGUGCGAGAUCUCACUCGCUUUGGUCUUUGGAGCUGCUCACUGGCGCAGCAUUGCGCAGGGGACCUUGAAGAAUCUUGAAUCUCGAAUCUUGAAAUCUUGAAGCGUGGUUCUAGAGGCUUCUGUGAGUUCCCCUCGUGGGAGCAGUACUCGCAGUCGCGCGCAGGGGAGAGUGCUGUGAAGGACAGUCUUUAGCAGCGAAGGAGGCAGGGGGGAUCCAGCAGCGGAAAUUCGGCAUCGGGAGAUCCGUCAGCGGGGAGUUCGUUAUGGCCUCUCCUCCUUCCGCCAGCGCCACUGUGGCCCUUCGCACCAAGGGCAACGCCUUCUAUGCGAGCGCUUUCACCGAGGGGAUCGACCCCCUUUUGAAGCGCAGCCGCCUGAAUGUGGCUCUAUCGAAGUACAGGGAGGCCCUGCGCCGCCACGUGGCGGAAUCUCAGCCGUCCGCGGAUGAGCUUUCCUCGUUAUGGAAGAACAUCGCCUUGGCCUCAUCCACGCUUGCUGCCAGCCACACAGAGGCUUAUAAAGCGUACAAACCUCCUGUGAUAGACGCUGCUGCGUCUGAACGCGUCAUGGUACGAACCCUGCGCCGUGCUGUGGAGGAAAAGGAGUGGGACUAUAAGGAAAUCGAGGAGCGCUAUAAGGAGGCUGUCAAGGCGUUCUGCCUCGCUCUGCUCUUUGGCAGUUGUGAGAUGCGGAAUAGCAAUACCCGAUCCCGACAAGGCGCCACUGCUGGCAAUAACAGGUCAGCAAAAGGCGGCGUUCAGGGAUCCUUUAGGGGCGGCGGCGGCCGUCCGGCACGCAGCGCUCCAGCCAAGCCCGAGGAGUGGCAGCAGAAGGUUCUGCAAAGCUUCAACAAUAUGAUAUCCGAAAUCGCGAGUUUCGCGGCGUUUGCCCGCGCUAGCAGCAGCGGCAGUGGCAGCGGUGGUGGUGGGGAGUGGCAGUGGCGGCGGGAUAAUGUGCGUGACAGCGGGGAGCGGCUGCUGUGGGCGGUGAUGGGUGAGUUCAGUGACAUGCGCGCACGGGACAGCUGGAAGAAGCAUCUCGGAGUCAAGGACCCCGACCGAGUUGAUUGGAUAGCAACCUCCACGCGCCACGUGGAGGCCUUUGCAGCCUUCCACGUGGCAUUCUCUGAGUUCCUCCUGGACAAGGGCACAUCCCUCCUCACCAUGAACCUCGCCCGCUGCUCGCACUCCCCCCAGCGCACCCCCGGGACAACGAUCAACGCCAGCAGUGGGGGGGCAGAGAAGAGGGCAGCGCCAGGGCUGGUGGCCCAGAGGGAGAGCGCCCGGUGCUUUGCUGAGUGCGAGCGCCCGCUGCGGCUGCUGGCAGAUGCCCUGGAGACACUUGCGAGGAAUGUGGAGGGCAAUUCAUGUGGUAACCAGUCGGUUACUAAACCCGCCCUCAAGGCCCUGCAAAAGCAAGCCAAGGAGCUUCAUCGCGCCCGCUUCGCCUGCAGUUGUCUGUGCGAGUCAGUUGAAACCCUCGUCCGCGCGACAGCACUCUAUGCACGAGCAGGAGCGGGGUCAGGGGGCGGCACAAACAACAACACGGGCGGCACGAACAAGAACACGGGUGGCGGUGUGGCCGGCGGUGCUGACGUGGCGCUGCUGUGGGCGGCAGUGGAUGGGUUCAAGGAGGCGGUGGUGCUGACGAAGGAGCGCCACAUGGACAUGGAGGCGUACGCGCUUAGCUGGCUGGGGCAUGUGUAUGACGUGGCGCUGCAAAUGGACGGCAUUGGCCAUCGCUACCACCAGCGCGCCGUGCAGCUCGUGCUGUCUGCAGUCAAGACCCACCCCAGCCUGGCGCGCUCCCCCUGGUACUCGGCGUCAGUGCGCGCCAUAGACCGUCACCAAGCCAAGAUUGUAAGGCAAGAGGAGCAGCGGCGGGAGGAGGAGCGAGAACCGCUGCUCGUUAAAAUGAAAGGGGAGCUCGAGACACUCUCCAAGACUGCUGAUACCGGGUGGAAGGCGCUUCUCACGCACAUUUACGGCAAGUACCCGCCCAAGAGUGGGGACCACAAGUGCCCGUCGUUGAAUGUGGACGAUGCCAAGGUGUCGCUGCGCACGGCCAUUCUGCACUACCACCCAGACAAGAACAGUGCGCACGGCAGCAGGUGGAAGAUCCUGUGUGAGGAAGUCACCAAGUACCUGAAUGACAAGUAUGCCGUCUUCACCUGCGCUUGACCCUGAUCUGUCUCAGAUUGACUUGGUUUAGCUUGUCUGGAACAUGCGUGGGAAGUACUCUGGUCUGAUUUGGUGCAGAGAGGGGCUUGUGACUUAGUGAGGUAGUGCUCCCUGCUCGUGACCCAUCAUGCUUUGACCAAAUCCUAGUAUCCCUUGGGCAUUACUUUCCCCUGUGGGCCGUGGGCAUUGAAGCCCAAGACCUAUGAAAGUAUGUGGGUACCUUGUUCCAGAUAUGACACAAGAACACU